AUGGAAUUCGACGAAAACUCUGACAGAUUUCGAGUUUGCGGUGGAAUUCAUAUCAAAUAUGUUGCCUCAUUUUGUGCUGUUUUCGGAAUUUGUGCCACUUUAGGAGUAUUUUGUUUCGGUUUAUACAUAUUUCCAUGGUAUCUAUACGAAGAUUCAGUUAAUACAACUGCUAAAAUCGCAUUUUGCUGCUUCCUGAUCGGUGGUUGUAGUUCACAUGGUCUCAUUCUCUACUCUUUGUACUCAACUAGACUACAAACCCAAUGGUUGAUGCCUGCUUUUGCAUAUCAUUUGUUCAUCGCCGUUCUGAAUGCCAUAACAAGUCUAAUUGCAGUAGGAGAGUUGUUUUCAGAGGGUAACAUUUCUCAUCGAGACUCUGUAAUGGCGAAGAUUGUGCUCGUUGUUUGUCCAACGAUUUUUGUAAUUCAAAUGAUCGGAUUUUAUGUAAUUAUCAAGUGUCGAACAUAUAUUCAAUGCAAGAGACGACAUGUUAGGAAUGGAGAACCACCGAGAAUUCGAGAAGUAACAAUGAUGACGAAUAAAGUAUCAAUCAUGGAACUCUCGUUUGAUCAGUUUAACGAAACGAUGUAUUCACCUGCCUAA